AUGACUAAGAAGAUUGCCAGUCAUUGCAUCAAAGUCCAGUGGGACUUGGUGGUAGAGAAGCAGGGCCUCCUGCUGGCAGUCAGCACCUGCUGCGUCUCCUCCAACCUGCCCUAUCCCGGGUCGCUGACCUCCUUCAGCCAAGGCUCUGGUGCCCACCUCCCCGUGUCUGGCAGUCUAGAUGGCGCGUCCUGGUUCCAGGGGCACGACACCCAGCUCCCGGCCACCUUCUACAUCCCUGAUGCCCGCACAGCUCAAGACCCAGAAAGCGACUCAGCGGGCGUAGACGCCCGGAGGGCACGCAGGAGUGCCAGGGCGCAGCCCCACGUCCGUGCCUCCUCAUCCAGCUUUUUCCUGAGUACGUUCCCGAAGGCUGUCAGUGGUGUCAUCCAGAGCCAGGCCAGCUACACAGUGGUGCUGAAAUGUGAGCUUAUGAACAGCCCCCAGGCUGUGCUGACAUGGACCUUUAAUGGACGACUGUGCCAGACCGGCGGGCUUCUGCUCAUCCGGCGGCUGGCCUGGGAGCAUCUGGGCAGCUACGUGUGUGAGGCCAAGAACGGCACGGAGCAGUUUUCCUCAACCCCUCUGACCGUCACACUGCUGGAGGGCGAGCCCAUCAACCCUGCAAGACCGGACCCGUUUGAGAACUACUACUUGACCGGAGGACCAGCCAUCGGCACGCUUGUGGCGGGAAUUCUGGGGGCUGUGGCGAUGGUUGUGGGUGCAGGCUUCGCUGCCCACCAGUGGAAAAGGAAGAAUACGGCCCCAGCCGGCUGA